UUUCUAAAAGAUAGCUAUAAUGGAGCUUUUACACGAUACGCUUACAGUACUGGCGAGUCAAGCAUUAUUCUUCUUGGUCGGUUGGGUCUUCUUCGUCAAGAUGCUGUUCAGGGACUAUGAGCUCCAUCAUCUACUUGUCCAGCUGAUCUUCUGUAUCAACUUUACUCUGUCCUGCACUAUGUUUGAGCUGAUCAUCUUCGAGAUUGCAGAUAUUCUAGAUAUAAGCUCUAGAUAUUUCCACUGGUAUAUUGCAAUAUAUUCAAUGCUGUUUAUGGUGAUAGUUUUAACUCCAUUCUAUAUUGUCUACUUCAUACUAUCCACCAGUCGACUGGUAUCUUCUAGUGUGAAGAAACCUUUAACUCUAAUAGUUUGGUGUAUUUACUUCUAUAUAUUCUGGAAGCUGGGAGACCCGUUUCCAAUCCUAUCUCCGAAACAUGGAAUUCUAUCAAUAGAGCAGGGAAUCAGUAGGGUCGGAGUAAUUGGUGUAACUAUAAUGGCUCUUCUCUCUGGGUUUGGUGCGGUCAACUAUCCUUAUACUUCUAUGAACGUGUUCAUGAGAAAGGUGACAAACAACGACGUUCUUCAGAUAGAAAAGAAACUUCUGCAGAACCUGGAGAAGAUCCUUGUGAAGAAAAGAAAGAUUGCUGUGGCGGAGAGGGAGCUACUGAACCGGGAAGGGUCGGAGACCGAGGAGAACUGGUGGGGGAGAUUAAAAGCUGCCACUUCGGUCCUAAAACCUACUAGUGAGAAUAUUCCUCAGUUAAAAUCUGAUAUCGGAGUACUAGAGGAGUUUUCUAGACAUCUUUUUCUAGAGGCACAUGAUCUACAGAACAUGAGAACCCGGAUAGAAUGGUCUCGAACCUUCCAGGGCAAAUAUUUUAAUAUUCUUGGAUACUUCUUCUCCGUUUACUGUAUCUGGAAAAUAUUCAUCUCAACCAUCAAUAUAGUCUUCGACAGGGUUGGGAAGGUUGACCCGAUCACGAAAACGUUUGAUAUAUUGGUAAACUGGUUCGGACUGGAGGUUGAUGUAACACUCUGGUCUCAGCAGAUAUCCUUCAUAGUCGUCGGUAUUAUCGUCUUCACAUCAACUAGAGGACUACUGCUGACAAUGUCCAAGUUCUUUAUAUCUCUCUCCAGCUCGAAAUCCUCGAAUAUCAUCGUCUUAUUAAACCCUAUCCUAACCUCUUCUCCAUAUAUAAAAGAGAGAUGGAUUAAGCUGAUAAACCAACCCUAUCCUAUCCUCUACUCAGUAUAUAAAAGAGAGGUGGAGCAAGCUGAUAAACCAACCUUAUGA